UUUCGCUUUCCCUCUUCAUCUCUCCUCCCACAAUGCCUCUCCUUCCCCAUGCCCUCCUUUCUUCCACCCUCCCUUCUUCUCCUCUCCCCACCCCCUCUCUCCCAAAGAACGCCCCUUUCUGCUGUCCCCAUCGCUUCUUUACUCUCAAAUACCCCUCCUCUCGCCGUCUCCUUCGAUGCUCUCUUGUCUCCGUUUCCACCGAGGCGCCCCCCACCAUGGGGGAGCCCCGGGGAAGCCGCCUCUCGCCGGCCGAGGUCUCGAGGACCAUCAUGGAGCUUUCCUCCACGGGCACCCUCUCCACGCUAACCCCCGAAGGGUGCCCGCUCGGCAUCGGCGCCCGCUUUGUCGUCGAUCCUCGGGGUGCCCCUGCCCUGUGCUUGAACCAGCCCGAUAGCUUGUUUGCAAUCGGCGGUAGGGCCAGCUUCCACGUACAGUUUGAGCAGAGUGGAUCGCGGACUCCACAGUGCACGCUGCUUGGAAGCCUGAGCAAAUCUGACGAUGAAUUUCUUCUGAAGAAGCUUGGUAUGAAAUGGGAGAAGCAGUUUGGAGAACAAGUGAAUGAAGAGCUCAUAUACUUAAUGUCGAUAGAGCGGGUGCUUCACAUGGAAGAUUUCAAGGAGAAUGGUGUAUGGGUGACCUCUUCAGAGUAUAUGAAUGCAGUCCCUGAUCCUCUUCGAAACUUUGCUGAAAAAAUUGUGGAGGAGAUGAAUUUCAGACAUGCUGAAGAUGUUCGGCGAUUAUGCAAUGUUUAUGUGGAGUCAGGAUUUCAGCAGGUAACAGGUGCAAAGAUGAUUUGGGUCGAUAGGCUAGGUUUUGACUUGCAUAUUUAUUCUGAGAAAGGGGUAUUUGCAGCCCGAAUCCCCUUUCCAAGAGAAGUUGCAGAUGAGAAGGGUGUGAAAUCAUCAUUUAAUUCCAUGUCUCAUCUUGCAUGGGAGGUUGAGAAGAAUUAUGCUGUUCCAGACUUUGAGAAGGUGACAUUCUUGAAGAAGAUAAUGUAGGAGGUGUGGAUUCUUAUUGCGGCUUCUAUAUCCUGUUUUAAGAGCUUGAUCAUUGCUUGUACGGAUACGCACAGAGAUUUAUGGAUUUUUUUUUUCUCACUCCUAUAUUUUCGUCAGUGGCAUUAUAUCAUGGGGUUAUUUGGUGAAAGACACUCGAUUUGUAAUAAAUUCAAUUUUUUUCGCCAGCAAUCUUAAGCACCAUCAUUGUUUUGCUUUUA